AUGGAUCCACCAAUGAACCCGACAACUGGCAGUGCGGACUCUCGACUGUCUCCUGCCUCGCAUUCUAGCCCCAAAAAACGUCCCCAACCCAGCAGUGAUUACCCACCCUCUGAUAACAAGGCUAAUUACGGUCCAAUGGGCGGUCGGGCCUCAGGGACUGGUCCGGUCCCAGUCUCCGAGCCUACGCCAGCUGGAGAGACCCGCUCAGCACACCCCGCCGAUAGUGCUGCUGGAAAACCCUCCAAGUCCUCCAAACGCAAGAAGAACCGCAAUCGUAAACGUCGCAAUCGGCACGAGUCUUUCCUUACGCCUUCGCGAGAGGAAGCCCAUGACAGCGGUGAAGAGCAUCCAGGUGCUGGAGGUGUUCGGGAUUCAAUGGAGGCCGAUCGGCCAACCUCGAGGGACACUUCGUUCUUCAAUUUGAGAAGAAAUCUAAGUAAUACAAGCUUGGAGAGCGAUGCAUUGUUGGAUCAUCGGGACCAGCCUAUGAUGCGACCUCGUCGGGACAGCCGCCUUGGUUCAUCAUUACGUCCGACCUCGAUCAUAUCCAACGUAUUCCGUUCAAACGACGGACAAUCCCGCAGCACCCCGAAAGCGAGUCGAAGCCAGCAUCGUGAUGGUGAUAGUGACGAAGAAGUUAACGACCGAACGCCAUUGGUGCGGGCUACCUCAGGACACACCUCUAAUACAGCUCGCUAUGGCGCAGACUCCCGCUCCGGUUUGCUCUCCUCUCGUGCUCGCCAACCAUCCGUUCAGACCAUAUCCUCAGGAUGCUCCCCUCGAGACAACCGCAGCCCACUUGAUUCCCCCGCUAUCGAACGAGACUACGAUGUGAACAACCCACCAUCAAUCCCCGGGUCUCCAAAGCUAGGCCCGGAGAUGAAUUAUGAUGAUGCUGUGGUGACUGGGGCCGAUUGGGACUUUUCUUUGGCCCGGUCCUUGGAAAUGCGCAGGGACUCUCUAAACAUCUUGAACGACACAUUGAUUGAUAUGGAUGGCCAUGGGGUACAUCCGCACUCGGCGCCCUCUUCCCCCGGCUCGCCAUUACUUUCACCACAUCAAGAACUGCGGCGUCGCCGGACUGUCGCAUUACCAGCAGAGGAGGACGUGUGUUUUCCUACUGAAACGAUAUCCGAAAUUGGAGACGAGGGAUCUAGACCACGGGAUGAUACUGGUGAGCGUCGACGCCGCAGACAUCGGCGAUGGCCUGAUCUUGGUGCGCUGGAAGAAUGGAGCCGCGAAGAGAAAGAGGAACGCAACGGGGAUCUUCGAGUUAAGAAGAUCAAUGAGCCGAUGUUCAUUGAAGGUAGAUUGCGUCCUCAAUAUAAAGUCUGGCGACGUGAAGAGGAGGAGGCACCUUACCGUUUCACAUAUUUCAACGAGGAGUUCCCGAGCACUAUUCACGCCCAAACAAUCUCGGAACUAGUACAACCAGGAGGAAGCUUCCGUGAAUUGUUUAUUCCGAACCCUCCAGAAUUGGAGGAUUCAUCUGAUGACUCGGACUCGGACGAGGAGUCGUUCAUGGAGCCUGCAGCGGCCUUACAUUCAACUCACCCCGUUAACACCGGCCCACGAGUAGCGGCGCCUGUACCGGAAGGUCAAGGCCAUCAAACAAACGUCAAUCCUAACAUGACUGGCCCUACCGCUCAAAUUCCUAGUGAAAAGAAAACCAGUGAUCUUCUCACCGGCAACGUUCCUCCUGUUAGAGGUCCCUCGCGCUUGUCUGUCAUAAGUGAAGGACAGCCCAACUCUCACCGAGAGCUCUCACCUGCGCAAUCAAAUGUAGGCCCCAAACCCAAGCCUAAGCGCUACGGUCCCCGGCCUACUUUCUGGUUGGAUGUUCUCUCUCCGACAGAUGCGGAGAUGCGAACAAUCGCGAAAGCAUUUGGAAUCCACGCACUGACGGCAGAAGAUAUCAUGAUGCAAGAAGCCCGAGAGAAAGUGGAACUUUUCCGAAGCUACUACUUCGUCAAUUAUCGGACUUUUGAGCAAGAUACCAAUAGUGAGGACUAUCUUGAGCCAGUCAACAUGUACGUUGUGGUUUUCCGUGAAGGUGUAAUUUCCUUCCAUUUCUCACAAACGCCUCACCCCGCCAAUGUGCGACGGCGUGUUCGCCAACUGAUGGACUACCUAAUUUUGAGUUCUGACUGGAUUUCUUAUGCCCUGAUUGACGACAUUACUGAUGUCUUCGGUCCACUGAUCCAAGCCAUUGAAGAUGAGGUAGAUGAGAUCGACGAGAUGAUCAUGCAAAUGCAUUCAUCUAGCAAGGAAGGAUCGCCCAGUGACAACGUGCUUCCUUCAUUCGCACCAGGAGAAAUGCUCCGACGAGUAGGAGAGUGCCGCAAGAAGGUCAUGGGAUUAUACCGGCUGCUGAGCAACAAGGCAGAUGUUGUCAAGGGCUUUGCCAAACGUUGCAAUGAGCAAUGGGAGGUAGCACCCAAGUCCGAGAUUGGUCUAUACCUGGGUGAUAUUCAAGAUCACAUUAUGACGAUGACAGGCAAUUUGACACAUUACGAGACGAUUCUCUCGCGUGCGCAUUCCAAUUACCUUGCGCAAAUUAACAUUUUGAUGAACGAGCGCCAGGAACAUACUGCUGAUGUUUUGGGUAAGCUGACUGUUCUUGGUACGAUCGUCUUACCGAUGAAUAUCAUUUGCGGUAUGUGGGGUAUGAACGUCAAGGUUCCUGGUCAGGAAAUUGAGAACUUGAACUGGUUUUGGUGCAUUACUGGUGGACUGUUUGUAUUCGCCUUUGUAUCAGUUUGGAUUGCCAAAAGAGUCUACAAAAUUGUGUAA